AUGGCAAUGUACCCAUGGCGCUCACAGUUUAUAGGUAUUUACGGCAUUGACGGGCAACUGGACAGUCGCUACCUAAGCGCCACAAAAUCGCUGCUUCAAAGCAUAGCCAAUGUGGCUGGCCAGCUUAACGAGCUCUUUGACAUCGAUUCCAGCGAGAACACAUCUGGCGUGUCGCGUGUGUCGGCACACCUUCAUCUCCAAUAUCACCAAUGCAUCGUGCUCACCACGAGGCCAUUACUAUUCAUUUUUCUACAAUCGAGACUCGGCCAAUCUCAUACGACUCCAUUACGUUGGGCGCAAUCUGAAAGCGUCAAAGGUCUUCUUCAAGUUUGCAUGGAGUCUUGUUGUCAGAGUAUCAAGAUUCUAUCGAGACUACUCAACCAAGGCCUGCUGGAAAGCUUCUUGACUUUUGAUCUUGAUGCGACGUUUACAGCAGCCAUUGCCAUAUCCAUGGGUGCCGCCAUUGACCCCUCGCUGGUCCCAGACCAUGCUCAACUGACCCAACGAGCCCAUGCUCUCUUCGAUGAGAUGGGUUCACAUGGAAGCAAAAUUGCGACGAUGAUUGCAUCAGAGCUGAAGCAACUCGACGGAUAUUUGAGCCACCUCCAAGUUGACGGCGCUGAGAUCCUGCCCGUCCAAGAUUUUCGCUCGGAUGUGAUGGCACAAAUGACACCCGGCGGAACAUUAGCUGGUGCUCCGGAAUUGGGCAUAGGGUUCACAGAUGACAUUGAUUUUGGAUUGCAUUUUGAAUUGAGCACUGAACAACUCAUGCAGCUUGCUAACUCUUUGGACGUCGAUAGCUUAAGUCGGCCUUUGUCGGCGGAUCAUCACGGAACGUAG